AUGGAUAUCCAUCGGCUCCAAGUGCUGCGUUACUGCCUCCCUCAGAGUGUCAGCGACUCAGGAUUGUUCUACAGCCACAUUGCUGUCAGUGAACAGAGUAUCUGCCAGGCGCGGGCCUCUGUCAUGGUUUAUGACGAUGCCAGUAAGAAGUGGGUGCCCAUCAAGCCUGGCCAGCAGGGCUUCAGCCGCAUCAACAUCUACCACAACACUGCCAACAACACCUUCAGAGUGGUGGGGGUCAAACUGCAGGACCAGCAGGUGGUGAUCAACUACUCCAUAGUGAAGGGUCUGAAAUACAAUCAGGCCACUCCCACCUUCCACCAGUGGCGUGACGCUCGCCAGGUCUAUGGGUUGAACUUUGCCAGUAAGGAGGAGGCCACCACCUUCUCCAACGCCAUGCUGUUCGCCCUCAAUGUCCUCAGCUCGCCUGACAGUGGAGGCCCAGUGGUCCAACGCCAAAAUGGGCCCUCCUCAGAGGACAGCGAGGCACAGAGGAGGAUGAUGGAGCAACAUCAGAUGCAGGCGCACAAGGAGAGGGAGCGACGAACGUCAGGAUCAGUCGUUUCCACUCUCCAAUAUAAAGUCUCCACCCCUCCCACCCACCCAGACACUCCUCCUGAGUACAGACAGUACAGAGCUAGCACACUGCCACCUUCCUACGUCCGUGUGGCUUCCUCCUCUCCCCCCUCCUCCAUCUCCUCCUCUCCUGCCCAGGAGAGAGAGGCUGUUGCUGCUAGGGACAAAGCCCAGCUCUCCUCUCAGCUCUCCACUUCCCUGGCCUCAGCUUUUUCCCCAGUCCAGACAGGAGUGACCACCCAGGGCCGACAGGUCCGUCAGAUCCCCCUGUCUCCUCCCACAGCAGCCCGCCACCUCCACAAUCAACAACAGCAGCAGCAGCAAGAGAUCAUGCUUCCCCCUAAACACGGCACCUGGUCUGCCUCCCAUAUGGCUCAUAUGUAUGCCCAAGUGCCCCCCUCCUCCUCCCCUCCAGUCAUGAUGGCUAUGCCCGUGAAGCAGGGCUUGCCCCCGCAGCCUGUCCUCCCGGUGGCUCUCCCCCUGCCGCCCCUGAGCUCCAGGUCGAAGCCCCCUCCCCUAGACGCAGGCAUGGUGACGGCCCCUCACCACUACCCCCAGCACCAGCCCCACCCUCACUCCAACGGCCAGCCAGAGGACUACUACUCUCCUCACUCUCAGCAUCUGCCAAUGACCCCGCAGUACUGCGAAGCCAUCCCCCUGCCUCCUCUGACAGGCCAAACAGCCCCAGGCCCCGCCCCCAGCCUGCCCCAGUACCCAUCCACCUUCCACCCUCAGCAACAGCAACAGCAGCAGCAACAACAGCAGCAGGUGUACCACCAGCAGGCCCAGCCCCCCUCCUCCUCCUCCUCUUCCUCGCCCCCCUCUUACACUGCCGUGUCUGACGGGGGCUCACCCAAGAAGAGCCCCUCCCCCGUCCCCCAGCAGGCCCCCAUGGCUAGCAGCAGCCCCCCUGUGUCUGCAGGUCACCCAUCCUCUAUGCUAUCUGUGGCCCCGCCCGCAGCUCCAGCCCCAGCACCCAUGUCUGGGCCUCCAGCACCACCACCUCCACCGGGACCCCCACCCCCAAUGGCAGUGCCCCCACCCAUGCCCCCUCCACUGCCUGCCGGUGGAGGGCCCCCUGGGGGCCCGCCCGGGAUUCAGCACCAACCCUCAGGAUUGGCUGCUGCACUGGCUGGAGCAAAACUACGUAAAGUGCAGAGGGAUGAGAGCAGUCCGCCCGGUGGAAAAUGUGACUCCAACAGGUCCAGUGGUGGCAGCGGUGGUGGCGGGGAGGGACUGAUGCAGGAGAUGAACGCCCUGCUAGCCCGCAGACGGAAAGCUUCAGAGAAACCUGAUGAAGACGACUCCAGUGGGCGGGGCCAGCAGAACUCAACAGAUGCUGUGAAGAAGCCAUGGGAACGAUCUAACUCUGCAGACAAGUCCUCACUUGUGUCCAGAGUGAGACCCAUUGGCAGCACCAGUGAUGCAGACACAGAAUUUGACAGGAUGAAACAGGAAAUUUUGGAUGAAGUUGUACGUGAAUUGCAUAAGGUGAAAGAUGAGAUCAUUAAUGCAAUCAGACAAGAAAUCGGCAGAAUCAGUACAUCUUAAUCUCAUCCGAGCAACAACAGGAGGAGGAGAGCAAGGGGAGGAGCUGGAGGAGGAUGGACAUGCAGAUGCACAGACAUGAGGACCAGGGAAUGUUCUCUCAAUGUUUCUGUGACCUCAGGUUGCCAUGAUGCAAGUUGCAGAGAUGUUGUGCCAACAUUUUGAGUCUGCUGGACAGCAAAACGGGAAGGAAGAAACAGAAAAGUAGAGAAGAAAGAAGCCAGGAAGUAGGAAGGAAGAAGGAAAGACUGUUAAACUGAACAGAGGAUGUAAAAGUGUAGAUGUUGAUUUCAAAAAAAAAAAAAAAAAAAAAAAAAAGAUGAAUCUAGAAACGGAUGAACACUCGUGCUGAGUUUGGUGUUGUGGUCCUCUCUGUGCACCUAGAGACUCAGUCAGCCCAGUGUUGCAACUCUUUGUUCUCUGUUCAAGUCCAAGUCUUAAAAAGGAAAUAUUUUCGUUUUCUAAGUUUUUACUGUUUUAUUAUUUAAAAACUGUGGUGAUAAUGAUGAUGCUGUUGAUGACAAUGAGUAUUUUAUUGAUAUUAUAGAAGGAGAACGGAAACUUGCACACCAUUUAUGUCAGCCUUUUAUAUUUUCUAUUGUUAUUUUUGUUUAGUUUAUCCCUAGGUGAUUUGAUGAUAACAAGCACAAUAUGGGCAAAAAUGGUGCUGCAGACUCACCUGCCCUCCACUGGGUUAUUUAAAAAAGAAAAAAGAAAAAAAAGGUUUCUUAUGGCCUUGUUCAUACUGGCGUUGUGUGUGUAACUUGCUUUUUCCUCCAGAGACAUUGGACAACGUAGAGCUAAUUAAUGUUUGAACCACAAUUAGCUGCUCAAAUGACCCCUGUCCUCCUCAUCCAAAGCAUAAUGGAAAACAAAGGAGCAGUCAAUUUUUUUUUUUUUUUUUUUUACAAGUAAUCAAGAAAGUCAAAAACACAUAAUAACUCAGUCUGCUGUACAAUUCCAGUGUGAUCAAGGUGUUUCUCCACCUGCUCAGAUGUGUAAGACCACGGGAACUUGGGGAUCGUUCACAAAACAGGCCGAUAACUGUAAAUGUGCCACCUGGUUUUGCCUAGAUAUAAAACAAUGUAGUCGUAACUAUUAGUCAUCCUAUGCUUUGUGAAUUCCCAAGUAUGCAUGAAACCCCAUCUAUCAAUUAGUUUUUUCAUUUGGUUUUAAAAGAAAAAUAUAUAUAUAUAUAUAUGAAUACAAACGGUGGUACAUUUAUUAUAGUGGUUUGUUUCCAUGAAGAUUCCCUUUUCUAUUCAUGAAAAAGCUGAAAGUGGUAGCUGUGUGAAAAUACAAUGGGUUACUCUGGCAACAUGCAAACCUUACAUGAGUAAAAAAAAUGUGCAGGAAAGUUAUGGUAUGUGGUGAUAGCUAAAUGUUUCUUUGCAGGGAGGAUUUGGUUGAAUAUUGGUUGUUGCAUUCUAUCCAUUCUGUCUGCUCUCGACCAAGUUCUGAUCUGAAAGCUGAAAGUAAACUCAUUCAAACAAAACAAUAGACCUGUCAACCAUC